GAAUAAGUUGUGUGGAAGCUACAAUAUAUGCACUAAGAGUGAUCAAUAUAUAGCUAUACUUUUAUAGUUCAUAGAAUGGGGAAUGUAUUAUUAUGGGUAAUAUUGGUGAUUGGGGUGAACACUUGGGGGUCUUUAGGGUGUUUGGAGGAAGAGAGGAUUGCUUUGUUACAAGUAAAAGCCCAUAUAAAAUAUAGCUAUGAUAAACCUCUGGUUUCAUGGGUAGAUGAUAAGAGAAGUGACUGCUGCAAAUGGUCCAGAGUAAAAUGUAGUAAUAUCACGGGGAGAGUAACCGAACUCUCUCUUGAAUUUCUAAGGGAUGAAAGAUUUGGAGAUUGGUAUAUAAAUGCCUCAAUAUUUCUCCCAUUCAAACAACUCAACUAUCUAGAUUUGUCAGAAAAUAAAUUGGCUGGUGCGGUUGAAAAUGAAGGUUUUGAUAAACUGUCAAAACUCCAAAAUUUGGAAAUACUUGAUAUGGGCGUUAAUAACUUAAAUCGCAGCAUUUUGUCUUCUCUCAGCAAUCUUUUAUCACUCAAAUAUCUCUAUUUGUUUGAUAAUCCAUUGAACUCGCAUUUGAAUAAUUCAGGUAACGAACGGCUCACAGGGUUAAUCAACUUGGAGGAACUCCACAUGAGAUACACUCAGAUGGAAGAAAUCAAUAUUCUAUCAGUUUUGAAUUUAAAGGACUUCAUUAGUCUAAAGGUGCUAGACAUAGGCUUCAACAAAUUUCAGAGCUUUGGACCAAUUAAUGACGUUGGAGGAGCAAAGAAAUUGGAGGAAUUGUAUUUAUUCGAAUGUAGAUUUAAUCAAAGUAUAUUUCAGUCACUUAAAGGAUUUCCUUCGCUUAAGAUUUUGGAUCUAAUGGAUAAUGAUUUUUAUGAUGGACCAUUGCACAUACAAGAUAUAAAUGAUUUAAGAAAUCUAAAGGAGUUAUAUUUGAGUGACAAUUAUUUUGAGGGUUUUGAGACAUCUGCAAAUCAUUCAGGAUCAUCAAGGCACACGAUUAGAAAUAAGAGCUAUCUCGAAGUAUUGCACUUAAAUAACAUCUCUUUUGACAUGACUAAGCUACUAUCAUCUUUGGCAGCAUUUCCAUCCAUUAAAACUCUUGAAUUACAGAGAGUUAAUGUUACAAACAUCGAUGCAAUUCAUGCAUUAAAAAAUCUAAGCAGCCUUGAAGAGUUGCAUCUUGAUGGCUCUAAUCUUCAUAAGGACUUCCUUUCAAAUAUUGGACCAAUGGAGUCACUCAAAGUCUUAUCAUUAAGUGGAGCCCAAGUAGGAGGCACUCUACCUAACAAAGGUCUGUGUGAACUAAAGAACCUUCAAGAGCUUUGGCUUAGUGAAAAUCAGUUGGAGGGAAAGAUUCCAUCAUAUUUUGGAAAUUUAACAUCCCUCCGUUAUGUUAAUCUCUCCCUAAAUAAGCUUUCUGGGAAUAUUGAGCUAUCUCCACUGUCAACACUCACAUCACUUGAAUAUCUUUCAAUUAUGAACAACUCCUUUGAAGUUGCAAGCUCAUUCAGGUCUUUUGCUAACAAUUCCAAACUUAGGGUCAUCCUUGCUGAUCGAAAUAAAGUAAUUGCGGAUACCCAGUUACAAGGUUUUGUCCCUAAGUUCCAGCUAGAUUCCCUUAGUUUGUCAAAUUGCAUCGACCUUCUAAAGUUGCCAAGAUUUCUUCACUACCAGCGUGAUCUGAAGGUUCUUAGGAUCUCUAGAAACAAUUUGGAGGGAGAAUUUCCCAGUUGGUUGCUUCAAAACAACACAAAACUUCAAUAUUUUCUUAUGAACAACAAUGCUUUUACAGGAAGCCUUAAGUUGUCAUCACAUGUGAACCCUAAUCUACAAAUAAUUAAUGUCUCCAACAACAAGUUGUGUGGAGAAAUAUCUGGGAACUUCAGCUCAUCUUUUCCCAAUAUUUUAGCACUGAACCUCUCUAGCAACUUGUUUAGUGGUCAGCUACAUUCCCUUAUCGGCACACACUUAGGGUUUUUGGACUUGUCAAAUAAUUCAUUCACAGGAGAAAUUCCUAAAGAGAUGUUGAUAAGUUGCUCAUCAUUGGUGAUUCUUAAACUGUCAAACAAUAAGCUGGAAGGACAAAUUGUCCAAGAAUUCGACUACUUAUCUUCUCUGGAGUACUUGCAUCUUGAUGGUAACAAUUUCGAAGGGACCAUACCAAAUAGCCUUUCUAAUCUGCCCUUGCAUUCUUUGGAUAUUCGUGACAACAAACUUUCUGGAGAAAUUCCAAGAUGGAUGGGUCGUUUAACCAGUUUGGUGCAACUCACUUUGUCCAAAAAUCAUCUUGAAGGUCAUAUCCCUAUAGAGUUUUGUAACCUAAAAAGCCUCUCUAUUCUCGACUUGUCAGAGAAUAACUUAACAGGGUCAAUUCCAUCGUGCCUCAACCCAUCCUCCAUAAAACAUGUUUCUCUUAGUAAACAUCAACUCAGCGGUCAACUCACGCGUGCAUUUUUUAACAACACUGCCUUGGUUAUACUUGAUCUGAGUUAUAAUAGUUUUGUUGGAAUAAUUCCAGAAUGGAUAGGCACUAUAUCAAGGUUGAGCUCUCUUCUCCUUAAUGGAAAUCGAUUUGAAGGGAAGGUUCCAACUCAAGUAUGUCAACUAAUGAGAUUAAGUUUGUUGGAUUUAUCUAACAAUUUACUCAGUGGUGUGAUCCCACGUUGCUUGGGUAAGAUUAGUCUAGAAGGGACUAAUGAACAGUUCAGAGGCAUCAAUUUGCCAUUUGAAUAUUAUAGCAUUAACGAUGCAAUAUUGGAUCGUCUCCACUAUGAGUGGGGAAGUGAUGAUGAGUAUAUUCCAAUGUUAGCAGUGGAUGUGCUUCCUGAGGUGCAAUUUAGAACAAAGGGAAAUUUAUAUAACUAUCAAAACAGCAUCCUCAAAUAUAUGUCUGGAAUUGAUCUCUCCGGUAAUAAGUUAACUGGAGAAAUUCCAUUUGAAUUGGGAAAUUUGACUAAGAUACAUGCAUUGAACUUGUCAUAUAACAACCUUAGUGGUAUGAUCCCAGAGACAUUGUCAAAGUUGGAAAAUAUCGAAAGUCUAGAUCUUUCCCGCAACAAGUUGAGUGGAAAAAUCCCCAUCACACUCAUUAACCUCCGCUGGUUGGAGUUCUUUAGUGUUGCAUACAACAAUUUAACAGGUGCAAUACCAGAACCAAAAGCUCAGUUUGCAACCUUUGAUGAAAGCAGCUACGAAGGUAAUCCUUAUCUUUGUGGACCCCCAUUACAAGUUAGUUGCAGCAGCCUUGAGCUACCGAUACCUCCAUUGCAGAAUGAUACAAAUGGUGAGAGUGAAGAGAGCAAUGAUGUUGAUAUGGAUGUUUUUUACAUCAGUUUUGGUGUAGCUUAUGUUAUUUUUUUGUUGGUAGUGGUGUUAGUGUUAUAUAUUAAUCCUUACUGGAGGAAUAUAUGGUUUCAACUUAUUGAAGCCAUUGUACGUAAUUGGUUUUGUCGAGGUACAAUCUAAAUGUUCAUAGUUUAGACUUUCAUUGUAAUGUGAUCAAAUGUACUGUAAACUAGUGUAAUAAUGUGGAGAUCAGAAUUAAUCUUAAUACAUGUAAAUAUUUGCUCCCUAUCUUA